GUCCGACUUAAACACAAGUGUGAUAUCUAACAAGUUAAAGUUUGAUUUUUAAAAGAAUAUUUCAAGAUGUUCCGCAUUAUCGCUGUGAUCUUUGCUCUGUUCGCGAUGGCCUUUGCUGCUCCUGGUUACAUUGAGCCCUCUUACGGAGUGGUUCCUGUGGCUCAUGUGGUGCCCGUGGUGAAGCACAUUCCGGUGGUGAAGCAGGUUCCAGUGGUGCACCAUGUUCCCGUCGUGAAGCAUGUCCCAGUGGUUCAGCAUGUCCCCGUUCUGAAUUCCUAUGCCGUCCCCACCUACGGACACCAGAUCUACCACGGUUAGAUUUGAGAAAAAGCACCAAUGAUAUCGACCCGGAAUGAAUAAACUAAAUUAACAGGAAAACCUCGUGUGUAUUUAAUUUAAAAAAAGUUUAAAACAACUCACAGAAAUCGAUUUUAUUUAGGAGUUAUAAAAAACUUUCUUGAAGCCUUCUUAUGCAAUUCUCAUUAAGUACAGCCAAACCAAUAAAGACAGGCUAUAAAUAUUUUUAA